AUGCCAGUCAACACUCUUUCCGUGGGCGCUGCCGUCACACCGACCGUAAUCGAGACGUAUAUCCUCCACUACCUGAACCGGAGUCCUUUACGCCAGAAGCCGACCGCGCACAUUUCGUACCACGAAGGACUCGAGCUCAUCCGGCGCUUCUUGCACUAUGCAUCGCUGCACCCAGUCGACGAGUUGCAGGCCUUCACGUCGCAAUGGGUGCCUGUACCGCACUGGGUGCACGACUACAAGGUUGAGAUACCGCAGGGGCAGAUGCAGCGCUCCGCUCAAUACAUCAACGCGCAGCUAGGCCCUAAGGGAAUUGAGGCUGUAGGCGGGCAAACAUGGUGGCAGUGGAGACGCGAAGGGACAAAGUUGGAGGCUGAGUGGAUUGAGAUGAAGAAGGACCGCGAUGCGCGUGAGAAGUCCAGCAUGCCAAAGGGGCAACGCAUCAUGCUCUAUGUCCAUGGCGGUGCCUACUUUUUCGGCAGCGUAGACGAGCAUCGCUACCAGAUGCAAAGACACGCGCGAAAACUUCAGGCUCGUGUGUUGGCCCCACGAUAUAGGCUUGCGCCUCAGUUUCCGUUUCCAUGUGGCCUGAUGGACUGUCUGGCAACGUACUUGUACCUGCUCGAAGAAGGACAUGAUCCCAACACCAUUGUCUUGGCUGGUGAUUCGGCAGGUGGUGGUAUGGUGCUCAGCAUGCUUGUGAUUCUGCGAGACCAGGGUGUGCCUUUGCCUGCGGGUGCCAUUUUGAUUAGUCCUUGGGUGGACCUGACACACAGUUUCCCAAGCCUGAGCGGGGACGGUAAAAUGGACUACAUCCCAGCACAUGGCUUCCUGCAUAAGCCGAGUAUAAGUUGGCCACCUCCAAACGCCGACGACCUUAUGCAACUCGAGAACUCUACAUCCAGCGCCUAUCAAAAGGCGAAGUCGUUUCCUCGAGUGGCGCUCUCCGGCAAGGCCAAGGAAGACCGUGCGGUAGAGAAGGAGGCAAAGGCCGAGCGCGUGCGUGGUUACUCAGUCAACAAGGAGAAACCUGACAUGAAUGCCAUCCUCAAUCCGGCUCAAGCAUCGGACACGUGGAUCUCGCCAGAUGGUAAGUAUGGUGUUGGUCCGAAGGGCAUCUUAUCCGUGCAAUUGGACAAAGUACGGAUCGAGAUCAAGGAUCAGAUCCAGCUGUACACAGCAAACCACCUCUUGACCCAUCCCUUGGUCUCUCCAGCUCUGCAGCCGUCGCUGGGUGGAUUGCCACCUCUACUUAUUCAAACUGGCGGCGGCGAGUUGCUGCGCGAUGAGCAAAUUUACCUAGCUCACAAAGCUGCGCACCCUGAAGCCUAUCUGCCACCUCCAUCAAACAGCCAGACUGCGGAAGAGAUUGAAACUUGGGCAUCAAGGUACAAGCCAACGAACGUGCAGCUUCAGGUGUGGGAUGACCUUUGCCACGUCGCACCAACACUCAGCUUCACGCGACCUGCAAAGCACAUGUAUCGCAGCAUUGCCCAGUUCGGUGCUUGGGCAUUGGCCAGAGCGCAGAAGACAUCCAUCGAUAUCCUCGAUGACGACGAUAUCUCUUUCGUUAGCACCGACUCUGACACCUCUUCUGACAAUGCGAAGCAGUCAAAGAAGGAUAAGAAGUCCAAGACAGCAACUAAAUCUCACAUGGGCAACGAUGAAAUUAUCGACAAAGGCCAACACGAGGCUAGGGUGGGCAAAGCGGGUGACUCUCUGCCUCCGUUCGAGCAUCACAUGAUACGACAACGCAUCGACCGACAUGGGUACAUCUAUCCUCUUGCACCCAAGGAGGAAUUAAUCGCCUUGAAUCUCCCGGUCUCUGAAGUUGGUGUUCCCAAACCAGGCCCUGUUAACAAGUGGAUGAAAGCAUCGCAGCAAUGGAACGGCAAGUUCGCAAAGCAGAAGAUCAAGAUCCAGCGACAGCGUAUGAUGGAGAUGCAGGCGGGCUUUGAGAGGUUCGAAGGCGAGACUCCACCACCAACGGCCUUGGCUGGCAGAAGGAUCAAAGGCAUGAAGGCAGAGAAGGCGAAGAAGAAGAGUUGGGGCAUGGCGCUUUGGAGCUUGUGGGGCAGCAAGCACGAUGAAGCGACCAUCGAUCGCGAACAGAAAGCAGAUCAAACACCACCACCGCCUUCGAAGGCAGUAGUCACACAGCCCGAGCAAGCAUCAGCUUCUUUAGACGGAACAACAGAUGGUACUGAACGGAGCCGAGCUGCCGGUUUGGCUCCGAUCAAGCCCUCACGCACGCGUUCGCAAUCCAGGCACUCAAAGGUCACCGACCGUGGUCAAAUAAACACGUCGGAAGAUGACCUUCAGAAAUUGUCGAAAGAGUUCUCAAGGGUCGCACCUCCUUCUUCCGGUCUUGCCGAAGCCACGGUCAUCGCGCUCGAACGCUCACAUUCGGGACUUCCUGCUCAAAUGAGUGAACCUGCUCAAACGCCAGGCAUCAUCGUCUCUGACGAGCCCACCUCCCCACCAACCAUUGUUCCGGAGACAGAUGGGACGAGUACCCGUCCGGUCAAGGGCGGCAUUGCCUACCCAUUCAGUCUGAAGGUCGAUGGACAGGGCCACCGCGCAAACGCAAGCACUGUCACACUACAGAGUAUGAACAUCAUGACACCACCAGCAGUGGAAGAGUCGAAGCAACUCGGCGACGCAAACAUCAUGACACCGGCAGCAGUGCAUGAGUCAAAGCAGCUUGGCGACGCGUUGCCUACACCACAUAUAGAAGCAGACCCUAUCCUUCCUAGGAACGGGCAGUACUUCUCCACCGAUGCACCUGGGCAAGUGGAAGCGCCUGUACUCGAGAGACCCGAAGUUGAGAGAUUCGAGACAGCGUACAUUUGGUCGCAUUGCGCACAUCCACCUCACAAUACAAAUCGACCUCACAACACAUCCAAUCAAUCGCACACAAUGUCCGUCUUCCGCGCAAACUCCCGCGCCCUAAUCACAGGCGGUGCGUCGGGAAUUGGCUACGCAGUUGCUGAGCUAUGCCUCAAGGCUUCCAUGAAAGUCACAGUCGUCGACUACAACCAAGAAACCCUUGAUCUUGCAAAGAAGAACCUCAAGGGCGAUCUCGAUUGCAUCAAAUCCGACGUCGGGGACCUCAGCGCCUGGAAGAGCCUGAAAGAGAAAGUGGGAGACGUCGACUUCCUGAUGCUGAACGCCGGACGCAUGGUCAAGGGUGCUUGGGGCGAAAGUCAGUAUUUUGAUCAGAUCCUCAGCACAAACCUCUACGGCGUGAUCAAUGGUCUAAACACAUACGUCCCCUCCUUCCAAGCCCGCUCUUCCAACACGCCUAGCGCAAUCGUCAUCACAGGCAGCAAACAGGGCAUUACGAAUCCCCCCGGCAACGCGGCCUUCGAUUUGAAGGAUACGACAACUAAUGUGCAUCUUUUGGUGCCGGGGUGGACGUUCACAGGUCUAUCUGGAAACCACCCUGGACAGGAAGCAAAGAAACCCGAGGGCGCGUGGUCACCCGAUCAAGUUGCGGACUUCAUGGUUAAGAAGAUGGAGAAGAACAAGUUUUACAUCAUCUGCCCUGACAACGACGUAAGCGAAGAGAUAGACAAGAAGCGCAUGCUCUGGGGUGUGGGCGAUAUUGUGAACGAGAGACCGCCGAUGACGAGGUGGAGGCCAGAGUUCAAGGAGGAGGCGGAGGAGUGGAUGGCGAAGCAAAAGGUCUGA